AUGAUUUGCCGGGUUGCAGACUACUACAAGGCUCUGACCUGGGAGCGCAUUUUGCCGAGUUUUUCAAAAACGUCCGAUCGUGCGGUGCGGCGUGCUAUGAUCCAACGAUCCGCGGAUUCGGCGAUCUGGAUAGCGGUAGUCACACUGUGUGUGCUACUGCCCCUUUGGAACUACCUUUCGCUAAAGCGCUGGGUUUUCAAGCUGAAACACCAUCUGAGACAUGAUAUUCUACGGAAGGCCCGUUGGUUGCACGGAUCUCGUUUUUAUCACAACCAGGGCUUCAAAGUGUGUUCCUUCUGGAUCACAGUGGUGACUCUAUGUUCACUGAUAAGCUCGGGGGGUGACCUCAUACAAAUAACCAAGCGAUUAGGUAGAAUCGCAGUGGCCUUGAUGCCGCCCCUACUAUUUCUAACACUGCGACCUUCCCCUCUGCCGCACACAUUAUAUCUAUCGCUGCUACCCAUCCACAAGUGGAUAUCAAGAAUCGUCGUCUUGCUUUCCGCCUUGCAUGCUGUGUUCUAUUCCUGGUUCUUCAUUAUCAACCGCAGCUUCAUUGUUAAGAUCCAGAAGCUGGCCAAUCUGUGGGGGGUUUUGGCAUUAUUUUUAUUUGGUUUCAUUGCCGUCACGUCAGUGUCGCAAGUUCGCAGAUACAACUUUAGAUUGUUUUACUACGUUCAUUACGUGGCCACCUGGUUAAGCGUCAUAUUGAUUCACUAUCAUGCAAGGCCGCCGGUUCGGUACUAUACAGCUAUGAAUUGUUUUCUGCUCAUAGCACAGGUCGGGUAUAGAAUAUACAACAGCUCAGACGUGCGUGUCACCGUGAAGGACAUAUCGCCAACCCUUCUCUUAGUUGACUUUCCAAUGUCAGGGCUAAGAAAUAAGCCAUUAAUGCCCUCAUCUCAUGUUCGUCUCGCCCCAUCUUACAAGCAUUCCAUUUUACAACGAAUUUUUCAACAAGUUGUCCCUCUUCAACAUCCGUACACAAUUGCCAGUCUUCCUUAUGAUGAAAGUGUCAAGCUCAUAGUUCGUCGCGGUCGCUUUAAUAUCCGCAACAACAGUGAAUACUUUGUAGCGGGAGCUUUCGAGCCUAAACUCGACUUUAUGUCCAAAACUGAGAAGUCUCUUUUCUCCAAAGAUGUACUGCUAUUUCAAAACAAGAGUCCGGCGCUUGUAGCUUCGCCUCUAAACUAUAACAUCGACGCACGUAGGGCCCUGAUAGUUGCUGGAGGAAGCGCAAUUUCUUUCGGUUUACCACUUCUGAGAAUUCUGAACUUCAACGGGGUGACAGUCAAGCUCAAAUGGGUCACUAGAGAUUAUCGGGAUUUGAGGCUGCUGAAUCAUUUCAAAAAUAAUUUUGAGGGUCUCGAGAUAUACAUCACCGGCUCGGAGACUGACGAACAGGAUUUGCAGAUAGAUUACAUAGAUUUUGACGAGGAUGAAACUCGUCUGGAUCUUACUACUACGCCUGCUGCCCGUCCCUCUUCUGAUUAUGGCACUUUCAAGUCCCCGAAUAAUUCGUCUACUCCAACGUUGCAAAGUCAGGGAAGAAGUAAUCGAGAGGAUGAAAUUGACUUCACACAGAUGUUCAGCUCCAGAAAUUCCAGGGCCAAGAAUUUCGAAUCCCUGCAGAACGCUUCGAAUUUUUUUGACACCGAGAAUUCUUUCCGUAAACCGUCUAUUCUGCUGGCUCCGUCUGAGCGGGAAACCGAAGAAGGAGCUUAUAAUGACGACUCACCCAAAAGUUUGAAGAUACCCGCUGGUGUUCAGGUGUUUUUUGGUCGUCCAAAUCUUACAAGCAAUGACUAUCACUGGUGUCUGGAAAAAGAAUGCAUAGGGCCCUCAGAGUCUAAUGAUUGUUAUGCGCCAAAAGCGCAUGUGGAUGAUCUGUCCCGGGUUUGGGUCUUAGCUGCUGGGCCCUUACAGCUUGUUGAAAACACAAAGAGAUGGGCUUACGAUGGUGGACUACAUUUUCACGAGGAGAGCUUCACUGUGUAA